CGUGCCUUCCACCACGCCUUCAGCACCAACGACUGCUCGCGGAACGUCUACAUCAAGAAGAACGGCUUCACGCUGCACCGCAACCCCAUCGCCCAGAGCACGGACGGGGCGCGGACCAAAAUCGGCUUCAGCGAGGGCCGCCACGCCUGGGAGGUGUGGUGGGAAGGCCCGCUGGGCACCGUGGCCGUCAUUGGCAUCGCCACGAAGCGGGCAGCCAUGCAGUGCCAGGGUUACGUGGCCCUGCUGGGCAGCGACGACCAGAGUUGGGGCUGGAACCUGGUGGACAAUAACUUGCUGCAUAACGGGGAGGUGAACGGCAGUUUCCCCCAGUGCAAUAACGCGCCCAAAUACCAGAUAGGUGAAAGAAUUCGAGUUAUCCUGGACAUGGAAGACAAAACAUUAGCGUUUGAAAGGGGUUAUGAGUUCUUGGGAGUUGCCUUCAGAGGACUGCCGAAAGUUUGCCUGUAUCCAGCAGUGUCUGCUGUCUAUGGUAACACAGAAGUGACAUUGGUCUACCUGGGAAAACCUCUGGAUGGAUGACAUGGAUUGUUUCAUUGGGACAUCAAGAUGUGGAUGAAUGGGAGGAGAAAUCUGCAUGUUGGUUAGAGGGAAACUUGUAUUAGAGGAAAAACAAAAAAAAUGUGUAUGUGUGUGUGUUCAAGAACCAUCAAGGAAAGCACACGGAGUUUUGAAAUGGAGGACCAGCCAUACUUCAGGAACUGUGUUACAUUUCCUCUUUCUACCAGGCCAGAAAAAUCCUCAGGGUUGCAGUGGGAAGCUGACACAUGCAUGUUGCAACAGAUUUUAUUGCUCAAAUGGCAGCGUGUGACCUCAAAUAUUUAAGAAAAAAACUGCUUGAGGAAAGUAACC